AUGGCAGAACGCGUGAAACAGGAACCACGCCCAGCGGCCAAGAAGGCAGAGGAACAAAUUAAGUUGGACAUGGGGUUUGAGACAGGGGAGCGACUAAUUCAGCCAGGAGGGCAAGAAUCUGGUGAACGCGCUGGAGGGAAGCAUGUAGGCAUCCGAGCCUCCGCCGAGCCUGAACCAUCCCAGACCUCCGAAUCCACGUCAGCAGUGAAGGAGCCAGCAGCCGGCAAGGCGGUGGCCGGCAAGGGGUUCGGCAAGGCGCCGCAGCAGCCGGCUGUGGUUCGCCGGCCGGCGCCGUCCCAGCCGCUACUGUCGACUCAGCCGAUGGGCGAGGAGGAGAAGAAAGCGGCGGAGAUCGAGACGGCCGUGGUGGUGUCGCUGGGGCUCGUCUUCGUCCUCAUCAUCCUCGAAGGGUUGUUUCUCGCCGCUGCUGGUGAGUGCAUUGCUAAUUUGGGGAGGGAGGGGGAGCUGGAGCGAUGA